AUGGCUGCUGCUACUUCAUCAUCAUCUGGUGCACACGUGCGUUCAACAAGCUGGUACGAAGAUGCUCAUCCUCUGUCUCGAGCCAUCGAAGAUCAUCUUCUGAUGCUGACGCAAAGACCAGAGUCUUCUUGCUGUCGGAAACUCGAAGUUCUAAAGAAUAUGUUCGAGGUUGUCGAAGUUUUCCUCCGUUUUCAAACGGCUAAAACCAAAAAAGCUUUCACCGAUUUGGAAGAUGUUUCCGAUGGGUUUCUCGAGGUUCUUGAUAUCUGCAGCACAAUCAGAGACGUUUUGACGCAGAUCAAAGAGCAAGUCAGAGAACUCGAGUUGAGUUUGAGGAGGAGAUUGAUCAAAACCAAAUCUGGAGGAGAUCAUCAAGAGGCUUUCUUAGCGAGUGAGAUCGACGCUUACGUGUUUAAGAGAAGAGCGUUGAGCAAAACGGUCGAGAAGCAGUUGAAGAAAACAGAGGAGAAGAUGAAGAAGAAGAGGAAGAAGAAAGAUUGUGGUGACGAUACUAAUGUGAUGAAAAAGGUUAAAGAGACGAGCUUUAAUGUUUUAGUUUCUUUGUUGGUCGAAGUAGUGACGAUAAAUGUGAGAGAUCAUAAGGAGAGAUCGAGAAGUGGAGGUAUAGGAACUCUGUCUAGGAUGUUUAAUAAGAAGAAUCAAGAAGUUGUUGAUGCAAGGGAGCUGAAGAAGUUGAGAGAGACAGAGCAUAAGGUUGAAGAAACAGAGAGAGAGUUGGAGUGUGUGUAUAAGAAGCUGUUGAAGACAAGAGUUUCUCUUCUUAACAUGCUUACUCUUUGUUAUUGA